AUGAUUAAAAUAAAAGAAAUAAAAUAUUUUUUUAACUUUAAAAAAUUAUAUAUGAGUUCUUAUUUAAAUUAUAACAAAUAUACAAUAAAAAGAAAAACAUAUAUAGCAGCUGUCGAAAAUAAAUACACAUAUAUAAUAUUAUUAAAUAAUAUAACUCAUAUUGGUGAUAAGGGAGAAAUAAUAAAGAUUAAAAGAGGAUGUGCUAGAAAUUUAAUUAAAGAAAGAAAAGCAGUUUAUGCAACAUAUGAAAAUGUGGAUAAUUAUGCUGAUAAAGAGAAAUAUCAAAGAAAUCAAAGAGUUGAUAUAAAAAAAAGUGUACUUAUAGAAGAAGAUUUUGAAAAAUAUUUUGCACAAUUAAAGAAUAUAGAUAUAACAAUUUAUUUAGAUACGUAUAAGUAUACUAAUAAUGUUUCAUAUAACUUGUAUGACUUUUUUAAUUAUAUUUCUAAUAAUUAUGAAUUAGAUUUAACACAUAAAAAUUUACAUAAAAUUAAUUAUUACAAAAACAAAGAAGAUUAUAGUAAUGAUAAAAAGCAACAAAUAUAUUCAGAUAUUAAUAAUUUGAAUGAUUUAAUAAUUCAAAAUAACUCUUUUUUUAAAUAUACUGGAAUUUAUGUUAUUUAUUAUUAUCUAUUUUUACCAAACACUAAUUUUUUAAAUGAAAUAAUUUUUAGAAUAUCCUCUCUUCAAGAAUACGAAUUAAUGAAGGAUGAGAAAAACAAGAAAACUGACAUUAUCUAUAGUAUAGAUUAA